AUGUCACCUUCUCCUGUAACUCACGUUCGUGGCUUCACCUUACUCGUCCCCUGGGUUAUUAGUUUGUUCCUGGCGGACACUGCCCUCUCGCUGCUUCUGCCUUUCAAGCCUCUAGCGCCGAACCUUACCUAUGACUUCUCCUCGUCCAUCGCAUGGACCAUCUGGAGAUGGAUCCAGAUGACAUUCGAAGUCUUCAACGGCGCGAAAAUCACCUUCUCAGGCGAUGCUCUACCCCGAGGCGAGUCGGCGGUGGUGGUGGCAAACCACGUGGGUUGGUGCGAUUUCUACAUGAUUCAAGCCCUGGCUGUUAAGGCGGGAAUGCUCAGUCGCGCUCGCUACUUCGCCAAGAUCCAACUGCGUUAUGUUCCUUUCCUGGGAUGGGGCCUGUGGGCUUUGGACAUGCCGAUGGUGACGAGGAACUGGCUCAAGGAUAAGCGCGAGCUGGACCGAAUCUUUACGGGCAUCGUUAAGAGGCGAUGGCCCACUUGGUUAAUAAGCUUCAGCGAGGCAACGCGCUUCACUAAAGAAAAAUAUGAGCAAUCAAAGAUCUGGUGCAAAGAAAACAACAAACCACAGCCCAAGCAUGCUCUCUACCCGAGGACCAAAGGAUUUAUUACCACCGUACAACAUCUUCGGCAGGCCCCCCAGGUGAAAGCGGUCUACGACUUCACAAUUGCAUAUGAACACAACGGCAAAUUCCUCGAUGCCCCGAGCAUGUGGGAUACCCUUCGUUUGCCCGGGCUGACUCGCACACAUGGUUACAAGUUUCAUGUACAUGCCCGCCGAUUCCCGAUCGAAGACCUCCCAACAACGGACGAGGAGUUAGCAAAGUGGCUGGAGAAGGUAUGGGUGGAGAAGGGCGAAUUUCUUGACAAGAAGAAAGCUGAGUGGGAGAAGUCCCGUGGAGUGAAGCAGGCAUGA